AUGCUAAUUGGGAAAGAUCUUCGAAGUGGGUUUCUAGUCAGAAGUACAGAAGAUUCGAGAGCUCCAACCAUAUCAUCGCAAGAAAAAAAUAACGUUAAUCAAGACUGUUCAGAAUGCGCAAACGAGACAGACAACCCCAUGGAUAGUGUGAUGACCGAUUUAGUACGACUUUUUGUUGCUUACGAUAUGGGUUGGAGCAAACGCGGUUCUGGCCGUCAGUACGAUAGUCUGAACGGUUAUGCUGCAAUUAUCGGUACGCAAUCUGGAAAGGUCCUCGAUUUUGCGACACGAAACAGGCAGUGCCGUUUGUGCAAUUUAGGACAUGCAAAAGAAACGCACGAUUGUCGCCUGAAUUUCUACGGCAGUGCCAAGGCCAUGGAAUCGGAUACAGCAGCUCAGUUAACAGUUAAUAGCGCGAUUUUAAAAUCACAGAACGUUCAAGUUGGAGUAUUCAUUGGGAAUGAUGAUAGUUCGAGCAUCUGCGCUGUUAGAAGCGCAUCCGAUACGAACAAAGAACUGUCGUCAGAAGCUAUCAAAUAUUUGCAUCGAUGCUUCACGUACGCUGUUUCUCAAAAUCCCGGAAAUCCGGAUGGUUUGGCCGCCGCAAUAAAAAAUAUUCCGUUCCACGCUUUUAACCAGCACGACAAUUGUGGAGAUUGGUGCAAUUAUGCAAAAGAUCCGGAGAACUACGUUCACACAACAGUUCUUGGCGGAUUUCAAAACGACCGGUUGUUUCAAGAGCUGAAAAAACUUUUCGACAAAUUGGCAGCGAAUGCAGAGAAAUUCUCGACUGGAGCAUCAAGUCAAGCGAACGAAAGUCUCAACAACAUCAUGUCGAGGAAAGCUCCAAAAGCCAUCUGCUAUAGUCUCUCGGAAUCUGCCGAUUUUAGGUAUGCUGCUGCAGUCGCUCAGAAAAAUAUCGGCGAACAAUACGUCCAAGAUGUAUAUGAAAAAUACAAUUUGAGUCUGGGAGCACAUCUUUCCAAACAUGUGGAAAGAUGUGAAAAAUCAGCUCGGAUACGAUCGGCAAAAGCCAAGACACCAGCAUUCAAAGCGCGACGAAGAAUACUCCGGAAGCAGCGAUCGCAAUUGCGGAACAGGCGCGAUCUUUUCGAAGGCGAAACUUACGAGAGUCACGUUGGCCUAUUGACUAUGCCUGCAGUAGAAAACGAUCUUGGAGUCUCUACAGAGUUACCAAACUUGAAUACCACCUUUUCGGACGAUGAUACCGCAAUGGCUUUAGUUUUUUUCGAUCUCGAAACUGCAGGAUUAAAAGUCACCUGCGAAAUCUUGCAGAUUGCUAUGAAAUGCGGCAGUGUAGUAUUUAAUGAAUAUAUACAACCAAACGAAAGUAUAUCGUCAGCCGCUUCUAGAGUUAAUGGUUUAACGAACGAAGGACACGAUCUGUUCUUACACGGAAGAAGCAUCCCAUGUAGGGUUUGCCGAGGUAGACAACGUGGCCAUUGUUUAGUCCAUUAUCGCAUAGCCAAAGUUUAG